CCCGCCUUGUGUGAUUUGGAGCUUCUGGUUGUGAGCCCAUGGUACACGGCCCUGACUGAACACAGUGGUGGUGCAUACAUACAUACUGUGGUUAGGUGUGUGUGUGCUGACCUCAUGGUGUAACAGGAGUAAAGAUGAGCAUUAGCAGUGAUGAGGUCAACUUCCUGGUCUACAGAUACCUACAGGAGUCAGGAUUCUCCCACUCAGCAUUCACGUUUGGUAUAGAGAGUCACAUCAGCCAGUCCAACAUCAAUGGUGCUCUGGUUCCCCCUGCUGCCCUCAUCAGCAUCAUCCAGAAGGGCCUGCAGUACGUCGAGGCAGAAGUCAGCAUCAAUGAGGAUGGGACGUUAUUUGACGGACGGCCCAUCGAGUCUUUGUCUCUAAUCGACGCGGUGAUGCCGGACGUGGUUCAGACGAGGCAACAGGCUUACCGGGACAAAAUGGCCCAGCAGCAGGCUGCCGCUUCAGCACCGGCUUCAGCCACUGGAGGCAGCAUCACCGGCAAUGCCAAGAACGGAGAGAAUACUGCCAACGGGGAGGAGAACGGACCCCACGCCUUAGCAAAUAACCACGCAGACCUGAUGGAGGUGGACGGAGAUGUGGAGAUCCCUCAGAACAAGGCCAUGGUCCUCCGGGGCCACGAGUCUGAGGUCUUCAUCUGUGCCUGGAACCCAGUCAGUGACCUGCUGGCAUCAGGGUCUGGCGAUUCGACGGCCCGCAUCUGGAACCUGAGCGAGAACAGCACGAGCAGCUCCACACAGCUCGUCCUGAGACACUGCAUACGAGAGGGAGGACAGGACGUCCCCAGCAACAAAGAUGUCACCUCGCUAGACUGGAAUAGCGAGGGCACGCUGUUAGCGACGGGCUCCUACGACGGAUUUGCCAGAAUAUGGACGAAGGACGGUAACCUGGCCAGUACACUCGGACAGCACAAAGGUCCCAUCUUUGCCCUGAAGUGGAAUAAAAAAGGCAACUUUAUCCUCAGUGCAGGAGUAGACAAGACAACAAUCAUAUGGGACGCCCAUACAGGAGAAGCCAAACAACAGUUCCCCUUUCAUUCAGCUCCAGCUCUCGACGUGGACUGGCAAAGCAACAACACGUUUGCGUCCUGCAGUACAGACAUGUGCAUCCACGUCUGUAAACUGGGUCAGGACAGACCCAUCAAAACAUUCCAGGGACACACGAAUGAAGUAAAUGCAAUCAAGUGGGAUCCCACAGGGAACCUGCUGGCCUCCUGCUCAGACGACAUGACACUCAAGAUCUGGAGUAUGAAGCAGGACUCGUGUGUCCAUGACCUUCAGGCCCACAGUAAAGAAAUCUACACCAUUAAAUGGAGUCCCACCGGCCCCGGAACCAACAACCCCAGCGCUAACCUCAUGCUAGCCAGUGCAUCGUUUGACUCCACGGUUCGUCUCUGGGACGUGGAGCGCGGCAUCUGUAUCCACACGCUCACUAAACACCAGGAGCCCGUGUACAGCGUGGCGUUCAGCCCCGACGGUCGGCACCUGGCCAGCGGCUCCUUUGACAAAUGUGUGCACAUCUGGAAUACACAGACGGGUGCUUUAGUGCACAGUUACAGAGGGACAGGGGGAAUCUUCGAGGUUUGCUGGAACGCAGCGGGGGACAAAGUCGGAGCCAGCGCGUCAGACGGAUCUGUGUGUGUACUAGACCUGCGGAAAUAGCACCGCUGUUUGUUGGAAGCCAUGGACCGACCAUGAAUGUGUACAUAGCCAAUGACUGUCCCUGCCUGCCCUGUGUACUGCUCACGCUUACAACUAUGGCCCCGCCCACCGACAGACAGGAAGCAGGAAACGGGAACAGGAAGCAAGCAACCCCCCCGGCACAGCAGGUCCUGACAAGAGGGAUGAACAGUUGGAUGGACGCGUAAGCAGGCGGAGGGAUGGAUGCGCCCGUCUCCGCCUGUGCAGACUCUGACGGAGAUGCAGAAGGGACGCAGCAUUUAAAGAAAAAAAAAAAGAAAACUGAAAAAAAAAAAAAA